AUGAUGGAUUUCAAUGCCCAGCAUCAGGCGUGGGGCUAUCGCACGAAUAUGAAGAAAGGCAGAAACAUAUGGCACACGGCAACCGAGGAAGAUCUUACGCUGGUAACCGAUAAAGACUUUCCGACCAGGAGAGGGAACUCGGUGUGCCGAGAUACAACUCCGGAUCUUACCUUUGUCAAGAACCUGGAAAACUUCAAGUGGACCAACACAGCCAUGGGCCUCGGUAGCGAUCAUUGCAUCAUCGAAGCGGUCAUCAAGGUUGCCCGUAACAACCCGAGGACCUUUAAGUUCACUGACGGGGACUUGUUCCGAGCCAACCGCUCCGAGCGCGCCCUCACCCCGGAUACGGACCUAGACUCUUGGUUCGACGGGAUAAAAGAAGAUGUGGCUAGAGCCGCCAAGGAGGUGAUAACCGAUCUGGAGGUGGACAGGAUGGACAGUAGGCUCGCGCAUCUGUUGGAAGCCAAGCAGCAAUGGGAUGAGCUGUGCGACUCGGCGGAGGGCCAGCUCAAGACCGGUAAAAGCUGGAGACUCCUCAGGUACCUACUACACGAUGGUAACACCAAGUCCAACCAGAACAGAGCUUUGGCGAAAGCUGUCCAUUUGGCCACCGACUCGGCUCCAGAUGAGGCGUUCAUGGAGCAGCUCAUAGACAAGUACCUGGCGGCCACGGACGAUCCGCUGCCCCCCCCCCACUUUCCCGAGUACGAAGGGCGCGACGCGCCAUCGAUGAACGAGGAUUUCACCGUGGCUGAGGUCAAGCAGGUUCUCGCAUCCCUCAACGCCAGAUCUGCCCCUGGGCCCGACGGGGUCACCAACAAAAUGCUCAAGCAUCUCGAAAAAAACUCAAUCGAGUUUCUUACAGACAAGAUGAAUGAAAUCUGGCGCAGCGGCCGCAUUCCCAAGAGCUGGAAAGCAGCCUACACAGUACUCAUACCCAAGCCAGCUGCAUUCGGUCAUGAAGCUAGUAAGAAGGUGCAAUGA